GGUGUACAAUAAGUUACAAAAACAGCCUGUUCGCGUUUCUGCUUUCGUUGUUCUCUGUGUAUUUUAGCUGGCUGCAACAUUCACACAGCUCUAUACACAUAGAUAACCCCUGUUUAUCAAGGCGCUGAGCUGUGACGCCUUCUGAUACGUCCCGCCCGGGUGCCCCUGGCGCUCUGCGUGCCUCAGCACUGAUCCCCGGGCUGCUGAUGAACAGCAUAACGCAGCCCCAGCAAUGGCGGUGAAUGUGGGCGCGCGCGCAAUGACAGACAGCGCUCACGGCGAUAAUGCCACUGCAAGCUGGGCGGCCGGCGCGGCAGAGCAGGCCCGCGCACCGUGCAGUGUUGUUGACCCCCUACCGACAGCUCCAGAUACUGGCACUGCGCUGCAACUAGCUUCCAUUGCCGCGCCAGGGGACGCAGAGGACCAGGCAAUCCAGCCUGGCUCACAUUGGGAUCCAUGUGCGGAUCCAGUUGCCUCCCAGCCAGCAGACAGGACAGCGAAUGGGCCGCUCGGUGCCGGGGCCACGGGGGCCCAACCCGAGGGCGAGGGCCCAGACGCGGAUGCUGCGCCUGCCGCCGCCGACGACAACAGCAAGCCCGUGCGCACCGCCUUGCCGACCGUUGCCAGCCUGCGAGCGGCGAUGCGAAAGAAGGUGGAGGCGCAGUCUGCGGCGAGCGCGGUGGCUGGAUCCGGGGCUGUAGCAGCGCCCGAUGCCACGCCCCUGGUCACAGCAGGCAGUGCGGGUGCUACUGCCGUUCCGGCUGGGGCGGGAUGGCCUGUAGCUGCUUCCGUUGACGCGCCACAAUGGGGCGCAGGUGCGCAGCAGACCAUAUCGGCUGCGCCCUCUGCAGACGCAACCUCCUUCCUCCCGUCCGAUCCUGAGGAGCUGGCUGCAGCUAUUGCUGCCGCCAUGGCGGCUGUAGCAGCUGCAACAGCUGGCGGCAGCGGCGGCGCAAGCGGCGGUGCUGCUGGCACUGUUGCUGGUGCUGGUGGGGCAGGCGAUGUUUGGCAGGCGCAUAGCAGUGCACAGCAAGCAGGCUAUGCUCAGGUUGCUGGGGCACAGCAGCAACAAGUCCAAAAGCUAGAGUUGUUUGCCCAUGGCGGCGGCUUUGCUCCUGCGAAUGGCACUUCCUACUACCAGCAACCGCACCAACAGCAGCAACUGCAACAACAGCCACAGCAGUUCCAGCAUCCACAGCAACACCAACAGCAGCAUCAGCAGCAGUUCCAUCACGCGCACCAACAGCAAUAUCUUCCGCCACCAGCACCACAGCAGCAGCCGCAGGCGCAGUCUUACACAGACGGCGGGCAACCCCUGUACGUGGCUGUAGCGCCAGGCACGACGGCGGCUGAGGCUGUAGCACCUGCAGCCUACUACUCCAUGCCUGCUGCAGCCAGCAGCGCGGCGGCCCCACAGGCGGCAGUAGCAGCAGGCAGCUACUACCUCCAGCCGCCGCCGCAGCAGCAACAGCCGCCGCAGGCUGUAGUGCCAAUGGCGGCGGCUGUAGCAUCCCAGCCGCAGCUGGCUACGCUGAUGGUCGUACUGCCGGAUGGUACGACUGCAGCGCUGCCGGCGGGCGCACAGCUGCAGUACAUCUACAAUGGCGGCGGCGGCGUGGUGGCGGCGCCAGCUGCGGGGGUGGCGAUGGCGGCGCCAACAGUAGCACCUGCAGUUGCAAGCACACAAGCCGCGUCAGGGAGGGGGCUGCCGGCGCAGCCACCGCACGCGUACGGCGCCCCCCAGAACCACUAUGAGCAGCCCCACACCUACGCACCGCAGCCGCACUACUCUGACGCGGCCGCGGCCGUGGCUGCACCCUAUGACCCGAGGCGUGGGGCCGCGCCUGGCGAGCCCGGGUGUGGACAGGACCCGCACCGCAGCGCCGCCCAGGGCGCCUCUGUUCAUUACAGCGAGAGCGGCGGCGGUGGCUACGGCAGCGGCAGUGGCGGCGGCUACGGGGGUUACGACAGCGGUGAAGGCGGCGGCGGCCUGCCGUCGCAGUUGUACAGCCCAACACGCGGCGGCGGUGGCGGAGAUGAUGGCGGCAGCAGGCUGGCGGCGGCGGAGGCCCAGCAGCCGUGGGAGCAUCACAGGUGGGGUGGCGAGCUGCCGCCGCCGCCGCCACGGCCGAUGGUCAGAGCGUACGAGUCUCACCAGCCGCACCCAGACCAGCACCCGCGCGACUGGCUGCAGCACAGUCAUCACGAUGCCAGGGAGGACCCGCGGCGGCGGGACCCCAGGCAUGAGCCCCGGCAAGCCACACGGCACGAACCCUGGGAUGCCUCAGCGGCCCGGCACGCCUCCGUGCGCUUCCCCAACGACGACCGACGCCAUCCGCAUGAAGCCGGGCCGCCGCACCGCCAAGGCGCGCACCCGCCAGGCGCCGGCACCGGCCCGCCGCCCGAGGGCCGCCGGCACCACCGGGAGCAACCCGAUCACCGCCCGCCGUCGGGCCGUGGGCGCCGCAGUGGCAGCGGAGGCGGAGGCGGCGGUGGGGAUGGCGGUGCUGCGACCGCUACAGCCGCUAACAGGAAUGAUUUCCGGGGUGUGCUGUGGUCUCCACCCAUGAACUUGUACACGCCGUCUCGCGACCAGGCUGCUCACGAGGAGGUGUGGAGCGAGGACGAGGCGGAGCGAGUGACAGGUGGCGGUGACGAGCAGCAGCAGCCGCGGCAGGAGCUGGGGCAAGGUGGGAACGGAAGCUCAUCAGCCGGGCAACAACAGCUGCCAGCUGAUAAUGAGGUGGAGGAGGAAGAGCAAGAGCGGCAGCGGCAGCAGCCUGAGCCGCUUGCGCAGAGGCGGCCGGCAGCGGUGCGGGUCACGAACAACUUUGGGGCGCGGAGUCAACUGCGCAGGCAGCCGGCACAUCCCAGUGUCACAGGUGCUGUUGCUGACGGGGGUGAUGGGCAAGAGGUCGCUGAUGCAGGCGGCGGUGCUCCUUCCGCAGCGGGCACGUCAUCUGGAUCUGGGACUGGAUCCGGGGCUGGAACGCGGCAGGUGGAUCCUGCGGCGGCGGCGGCUGAUGCUUCCACGGCGGCGGUGGUGCAGCGAAUCGAGGCCAUGCGGCUUCAACGACAGCAGCAGCAACAGCUUGCAAAGGAGCAGCAGCAGCAGGAGCAGCAGCAACAGCAGCAGGAGGAAGACGAGGAGCGGAAGCAGCAACAGCAGGAGGAGGCGCCGGGGCUGCAGGCCACGGACACGGGUGCGGCGCCAGCCACAGCAGUGACAGGGGAAAUGCAGGCAGAAGCGGCCGAGGAGGAUGAAGAGGAGGAGCGGGGUUCUGACGUGGAGUUCCAGGAGACUGAAGAUCCAGACACGCAGGAGGUGGAGGGGGAAGAGGCUGCCGGGGCGGAACAGCCAGCCGGUGACACCGCGGCGGCGGCUGUGCACGCGUCGCCUCCUCGGACAGCAGCAGCAGCAGCAGCACUUGGCGCGUCGUCUGUGUUGCGCGUGGGGCCGCUUGACGCGAGGCCCUUGAGCAGCACACGACUGCCGCCGGCGCGACCGUCGCUGUCGGCAGCAGCACAGGCCAGGCCGCACGGGCAGGGGCAGCCGCAGCAGCCGCUUGCACCCGAGCUUGAGGGACUCAGUCCCGCAGAGCGCGCCUGGCGGCUGAGGGCUGCGCAGCAGAAGGAGCGCGCGGAAAAGGUGGAACGCGCACGCCGCGAGCAGCAGCAGAAAGAGCAGCAGCAAGGAGGGGCAGCGGCAGGCAAGGGCAAAGGCAAAGGCGCGCAGCAGGCCGGCGGCACGUCGUUGCUGCCGGAAGGCUUGUCAGAAAAGGAGCGCGAGCAGGAGCGGCUCCGGGCGCUGCUGAAGGAGCGGCUGAGUAAGCAGCAGCAGGACAAGCAGGACAAGGAGACGGGCGGUGGUGGUGGUGGUGGUGGUGCUGGUGGUGGUGCUUGUGCGGUGGCGAAGUCCGUCGCCGGCAUAGCAGCGGCAGGGCCGCGAGCUAAGCUGCCAGCAGCGGGCACACCCGGCAAAGCACCACCGGUGCCUGCGCCGGCGCCGGCGCCUGUGUUGGUGCCGGGCAAGCCAGCCGCUGCCAUCGGUGCAGCGGCUGCGCCUGCCGCUGUUGCCGCUGGCCCACCACUCACCAGUGCUGCGCCCGCCGCCGCACCUGCGCCCGCCGCCGCACCUGCGCCCGCCGCCGCACCUGCGCCGUCUGUGCUGCCGCCGCAGCUGCUGCGGCAGCUGGGCGACGCGGUGCCGGUGGCGGAGCGCGCCUUUGUGACGUACGUGCCGCGCUCCGCCAUCCCGCGCCUCAGUCGCCAGGAGGGCGCCCACCUGCUCACGUGCGGGUACCUCGGACUGGCGCUGCAGCGGGCGGGUGUGGGCGAGGCCCGCGCGCUGCAGGCGGUGACGGAGCAGCCGCAGCUGCGCAAGGCGGCGGUGGCGGCGGCGGUGGCGGCGGAGAUGGCCGUGUACCGGCAGGUCACGUCCAAGGCCGCCUACGACACGCUCGUGCGGCGGACCAAGCCGGAGCUGGAGCGGUUGGAGCUGCCGGACGCACUGGUACGGCAGCUGGCCGCAAAGUACGGCAGUAGCAGCAGCGGCAGUAGCAGCGGUGUUCAGGGCAAAGGCGGCGGCGGCGGUCCUGGCGCCGCGGUUCCCGCCACUGCCACCGGCGGCGGUGGCGGCGUUAGCAGCGGCGCGGUAGCGGCACGAGCGUCGCGGGGCGCGGCAGGCGGGAGUAAUGGUGCUGCCGCUACAGCCACUGCGCGCGCCGCAAUCGCUACAGCCGCAGCAGGCGCAGCGCGGGUCAUGGCCGGAACCAAGCGCGCCGCGCCGCCGGCGAUUGCACGCAUCACCACCGCCGCAGCCGUCGCCGCCGCUGCCGGUGCCGCCGCUGCUGCUACGGCGCAGGCGGCGCGGCUCGCGCCCCGGCCCCUCCUCACCCACGCAGGCUCCACUGCUGCAGCUGGGGGAGCCGGUGCAGCUGCGGCUGACGUGGACCCGGCGCCACCCGCCUCAGAUGCACUCGUGGACUCUUUGUUUGACAGCAGCGAUGAGGAGGGUGGCCCAGAGGAGGAGCUAGAUGAGGACCGCCCGCCGCAGCUGCAGCCGCAGCCGCAGCCGCACGGGCGGAAGCCGGGGCCGGGGCAGCCGCGGGGCUUGGGGCCGGGGCAGCGGAGGCACAAGCGCGCCAGGAUCUCGUCCGCGCCGUACCGAGGUCCAGGUGCUGGGGAAGCGGGCGGUGCUGAGGCAGACGGUCAAGACGCCAAGAUUGGAAAUGGAGUCGGCAGCGGCAGCGACAGCGAUGGCGAUAGCGACAACGACAGUGGCAAUGGCGGGGACGGCGGCGGCGGCGGCGGCGGCGUGGCAUUGGCUGCUACCGGCGUGCCUCCGCUGGCCACUCUGUAUGAGGGGAUGUUUGGCUCCGAGUCCGAGGGCUCAGAACUGGAGGAGGAGUCGCAGGAGCACGAGGAAAGGGAGGAGGAAGAGGAGGACCUUGGUGCCAGGAACGCGGAGGACGGCGAGGCGGCGAAAGCGGAGGAGAAAGAGGAGGGCGAGGAGGGCCAGGUCAGCAGUGACGCGGAUGCAAUGGAGGAAGGGGAGGCCACCGCCGCUGUUGCGCCGGUGGACUGCCCUACCGGCGGCCCCGGUGUCGCUGCGGCGGCGGCGGCGGCGGCCGCAGCCGCGGUCUAUGCGCGCGCUGGCAACGCAGGCCCUGCUGCCGCAGUAGUCAGCAGCGGUAAUGGUAGCGCUGGCGUUCCGGCAGCGGCGGCCAAGCGUGCAAGGCCUGGGCGCGAGGAGCAGGAGAAAGAAGCGGCUGGUAAUGCGGGCGAGGCGGAGCGGCAGAAGCGUCAGCGCGUGGCGGGCAGCAGCGGCGAGUCGGAGGAAGCGCGGCGGCGGCGCCACACGGCGAAGAAGGCCGCGAAGCGGGCCAUGGCGGCGGCGGCGGAGGCGGCGACGGCGGCGGCCGCUGCGAUGGCGGCGCUGGCGGGCGCCGUGAACCCGCGCAAUUCCAUGCUACGAGGCCGGAGCGGCAGCGGGGGCGGCAGUGGCAGCGGCUGGGAUAAGGAGAAGGAGAGGAAGGAGCGGAGGCGAGCGGAAGAGCGCCAGAAGGAAAGACUGCGGCGGCAGAGCAGCGCCGAGGCGAGGGCCGCCCGCAGCGGUGGCGGCACAGCCGACCCAUCAGCAGUGGCGGCAGUGGCGGCAGGCGGCUCCGGGGAGCCUGGUGGCGCUGCCCCCGCCGCGGCACCUGCCGCUGGUGCGGGUGCGGGUGCGGGUGCGGGUGCGGGUGCCGCAGCAGCUUCGGCUGGCAAAAGGCGAGCUGAUGCAGAGCACGGCGCAGCAGCAGCAAUGGCGGCAGUUGUGGUUCCACCGCUGCACCCGGGCUUGGGAGGUUCGAAGCCCGUGGACACCUAUGAGCGGCAACCACCUCGGCCGCCCGCACCCGCGCACCCGCCCCUGCCCACAACGGAGCCGCCGCCGCUGCCGCCGGGCCCGCCGCCGCCCCUUCCUUCAGCCGCCCAGGACGGUCCCACGCCCCCGCUCCCUCCCAACGCUCCGCAUCUCCCGCCACACCUGCAACAGCGCUUUGGAACACCAGCAGCGGCAGUAGCAGUAGCAGCGGCAGCAGUAGCAGCGGUGCCCACGCCGCGGCCUCCGCCGCCGCCGGCGGGUUUACCCCGCUUUCUGGAGCCCGGGGAAGUGGGCGAGGUGGGGACGGAGGAGUGGGAGAACUCUGAGCCACGGCGGCGCUUGCGAGACCAGGUGGUGGCGUUCGUGCGCGCCACGCUGGACCCGCUGCACCGCGCCGGGCUGCUGAGCCGCGACGCCUACCGCCGCGCCGCCGCCAAGUCCAGUGAGCGGCUGAUGGGCAGCCACGCCGCCGCCACCAGCGCCGACUUCCUGGUGCGGGAGCAUGCGCAGGUGACCAAGUUCAUAAUGAAGGUGGUGGAGCGGGAGCAGCAGCGCGACGUCGAGCUGCAGCAGCAGCAGCAAUAGCAGGAACAGUAGCAGGAACAGAAGCAUUAGCAGCAGCAGCAACAGCAAUAGCAGGAACAAUAGCGCAGCAGUAGCAGCAGCCUCAUACGGGAACAGAAGUAGCGGUAGCUGUAGCAGCAGUAGCAUUAGGGUUUGAGCAUAAUGAUGGCGGCGGCGGGCGUGGUGACUGGCAAGAACACGGGCAGUUUCGAAGUUUCGGGUAUGUGCGUUAGUGCAGGCGUGCGGUAAGACGAGCAGUGCUAGAGAGUUCGUCGAGCUGCGGAGAGCUUGAGCUAGGGUAACUCCUGUUGGUGGCUGACUGCGUAGGCUCCCUGUUGCGUUGCUCCCAGCUAUCACGGAGGCGGGGCGGGACUUGGGCGAGCAUGAUUGCGUAGGUGUUUAACGUUGUGCAAGGGUGCCGCAGCUCCGAACAAUGCCGACUGGGGUUGAUGGAUGCAACGAAUGCUGUUUGGUACAACACGCGCGGCCAGGCUGGGGUGUCGUGACCUGGCGUGUGACCGUGCAUAUCGUGUGACUGAGUGAUUUGGGUGUGGUUGUGGCGUGUGGGAAGAGGGGAACGUGCCCGAGGUUGGUUGGCUCGACACGGUGUAUUGCAUGGGAGGCCGGAGUACGGGUGAUCCGAGAGAGGAUAUAGGUCGCGUCUGAGAGCGGCUAGAGCCGUCUCUCAUUCCGAUCCUAGGCGAGAUAGUCUUUGACCGUUCUAUUGAGGGACCCGUCCUAGUGGACGUUAAACUCUUCGGCAACAUGUAAGCCGGAACGUGAUCGUCUUGCGCCACCCUCUCGCUCGCUACGCAUGCGCUCCAGGCCGCCUACGCCGUGGCCAACACGGCCAGUUGCAGAGGCCGACAUAACAGAUCUGCAAACA